GCCUACUAUAAGUGCAUGGUGUCAACAGAGCGCUUAGGCAAAUUACAUACAUUCCCAAUUACUUGUGCACUGGAUGAUACCUGGCAAGUGAACCAACUUUGGUAGGUGUUUCAAAAUCUCUUAUAAAUGGCUGCACUCCUCGCUUCUGAAGCUUUUGGAGAUUUCUUCGUCUUUGAAGACUCCCCUUCACCGCCAGCUCCAGCUGCCCCGAGCAGGGCGAGAGCUAAACAGGCCAUGUCAACUUUCGUCUUGCCUAUGCGCAAGGUGAAGCAUGGAGAUUCAACGACUGCAUCCAAAGACGCAAGUACGUCUGACUGUGCAUCUGCGGACGCGACAGUGUCAGUUGCCUUGAGCAGCAGCAACUCCCCUGGAAACGACCAGUGCUGCAAGCCUGACCGCUGCCUUGAUGGUGAUAUGCCAGCGGCAACGGACCCACGCGGCUCAGAAGCUAGCAGCAGCGGCCGAUUAAUCGAGCGCAGCAUAUCUCUUGAUACUGCUCAUCCGCACCAUAAGCGCGACCAAAGCCCCGCCCCGCACCAACACGACGCCACCAAGCAGCCCUCUGACUCCCGCUGUCUGCAGCAAAGCAACUCCCUGCGCUCCCACAACUCCCUUUCGGGUCGCGGUUGCAGCGCUGGCAGUGCCUGCGGCACGUCAAGCCAUCAACACGGCGGCUGGCACAACAGCACCGAGUGGUGGCGCAGCUUCAGCAGCUCGCGUCUCAACGAGCUGGGGGUUGAGGAACCCGACUGGCGCUCUCCCGCAAUGCGGAAAGUGCCGUACGUGGGUGGUGCUGAGCCCAUGUGCGCAAUGGUGCACGGAAGCGCAGCAGCUGGGGAUUCUUCGUGAGAGCGCCGCGGGGGGGUUCCAGGGGGGUGGAGUUUGUUAUGGUGGGCGAUGGGUACGUGGCAUGGGGUCAGGGGUAGGUCAGCUUUUGACUCCUCACGGGGCUUAUGGAACAUUGAUGCAUGUUGUUUGGACUAGGCUAGACUCAUCUGUUGUGGUUUCCACUGCUGUACGGAUUCAUUAUUGCAUGCCGAGUGUGCAUUGCAUGAUUAGGUCAGCAGUUACACUUGUCAAGAAAGGUCGCCGGACGUAUUCACAUUGUUUGCGCGCAGUUAGCAGGUGGGCAUAUCCUAGCUACUAUAUAGAUAGAUGAAUACAACAAUUCGCUCACAUACCAGCACACUUGGCUGUCGUUGUCUGCCCUUCCCUUCUUAUUGGGGAGGCUUCCCAGUCCCGGUGCAUACCCAUUUUGGUUUGGGGGCUGGAGUGGCUACGAUAUAUCGCCGUGGGUGUUAAAUAAUGACUUACUUGUACGGUAUUGAUGAUGCUCCGCGAGAGGGCUGAGGAUUGUAUUCUGUGGAGGUGCCGUGUUGUAGGUCCGGGUAAGAAAGAAAGGCCCAUGGAGUGGGGUCUGGUAGCGUUAUAUACUAAGCGAGUCGGGCGUUUCAGGGAGCUGUUGAAGAGCUGUUGUGCAGUUUUUGGUAUUAGUACAGGUGCAUGUUGCAUGUGUAUGGCGAUGACCUGAGUGCAAAGCGGUAGUGCCACCUCCCAUGCACUUGUACGAAUAUCAGACGGUUGUACUACGGUUGGUUUGGAGAUAGGUUAGCUGGGCGUCCGUGGAGGCCGAUGGUCAAUACACCUUGAAUUAUGUCGUAAAGCAAGAUAGUAAUUGGAUGUGGACGCCUUCGAGGAUACCGGCUUCUAACCGGGCUUGUAACCUUGCCUCGGUUAAACAUCGGCUGCCCUUGCGUUUACUAGGACAUCAUAAGGAUAGAUAUUAUGCACGCGCUUGUGCAACUACCGAUAAUGAAAGCGAAACGCACGCGAGGGACUGCGUACGCCGUGAAGUUUUGCUUGGCGGAGGAGCAUCCUUCCUCGCCCUAGGUCCAUUAUGGCCGGUUCCCAGCGCAAAUGCUUUGACGCUGGAAGAAGUAACUCCGACAAUUUUGCCAGCUGGUGCCAUAUCAGCCAGGGAAGCUUCAGCUAUUUCGGUUUACGAGCGGAACACAUACUCAGUUGCAAAAAUAGUUGAUAUUGCGCUCCAGGGCCGUGCGGCGGCAAGUCCUGAAGUCGAUAUACCGGAGGGAAACGGAACAGGGCUUGUGUGGGACGCCGAGGGCCACGUGGUGACAUGCUUCCACGUGCUGCUGCAGUCGCUCAAGGCGCUAGGACCCGAUCUAGCCGCCCGAGCAGCCAGCGGGACCGCCCGUGUCGCCAAGGUGACGCUGCUGGAUCCCGUCAGCGGCACCGAGCAGGUGUACGACGCCGUACUCGCGGGCGCUGAUCGUACUCGGGACCUCGCGGUGCUGCGGCUGCUGGGGCCGCCGGCUGCCGGAGGGCUGCGGCCUGCCGAGCUCGGCAGCAGCGCUGGGCUGCGAGUGGGGCAGCAGUGCUUUGCGAUUGGGAACCCUUUCGGCUUCGGACAGACCUUCACGAGCGGUGUGAUCAGCGCACUUGGCCGGGACAUCCCCAGUCAGUUGGGCACCACCAUACCCGGGGGCAUCCAAACAGACGCCAGCAUCAACCCCGGCAACAGCGGCGGUCCGCUGCUGGACUCGUCGGGCCGGGUCAUCGGCAUCAACGCCGCCAUCUUCACCCCCACGGGCUCCUCCGCGGGUGUGGGGUUUGCCAUCCCCAUCGACAUGGUGAGGCGGGUGAUCCCGCAGCUCAUAGCGCACGGCAAGGUGCUCCGACCCUCCCUGGAGGUGCAGAUUGCCACGGACAGCGUCGCUCAGCGUCUGAAAGUGGGUCGCGGAGCGCUCGUGCAGUCGGUAACCCCGGGCGGUGCGGGCGACAGGGCGGGUCUGCUGCCCACUCGGAGGGGGCUGGCGGGUAUCAUCACCGGUGACGUCAUCUUGGCACUCGACGGCCGGCCGCUCAACAGCUCCGGCGACCUGCUGGUGGCUCUGGACUCGCGGGCCGCGGGAGACAGCGUGCUGCUGAGGGUCGCACGCAGUACGGAUCAGGGCCUACAAGAGCUGGAGCUGAGGGUCACGCUGGCGGAGGACAAGUAGCCCCAAGUAGCCCCCGGGAGGGGUGCUGCGAGGUCGGCAGGUGUUUGCAAAGAUCCUCUCUCGCUCAGCUAUGGGGCUUGUGGUGCUUUGCCUCAGUAGGGAAAGGAACAUGCGAGGAGGCAGAUAGCGGUCUAGCGGUUUCUAGCUUUGCUGUAGG